UGAUCAACACUGGUCUAUGGGGAAAAAACGUACAUAAAAUAGGUACAAUGCCCAAAAAAAAGGGAGGCAAAGGAGCAAACGUGACACUCAAGAUCGCCAAAAAGGCCAUACGGAUCACCCCAGAGGGAAAACGCCGGCUCGUCCUCAACAACAUGGGAAUAAGAGACUUCCCAAAGAGUGUCUUCAAGCUCAGUAAUAUAGAUGAGUUGGACCUCAGCCGCAACUUCCUACAGACACUCCCAGAUAACCUCGGGAAGCUGACGUCACUCAGACGGCUGGAUCUUCACGGUAACAAGCUGGAAUCUGUGCCAGAGUCCAUAGGCAACCUGGUGGGACUGACUCACCUCAACCUGGCUAACAACAGACUAACUUCGGCCAGUUUACCCUCCUCACUUGGUUCCCUCACCAACCUGAAGAGUCUCAAUCUGGGAUUGAACUGGCUGGACGACCUGCCUUCCACCCUGGGGCGCUUAGACAGCCUCCAGGAGUUAGGCCUGUUCGAUAACCGCUUCACCAAGCUACCAAGUUUUUUGGAAUUCGAUCGUCCUGAUCUCAAGGUGAAUUGGCUACGAAAUCCUCUGACAUAUGCUCAGGGAUGUGGUGAAGUGACGAAGAAGAAAGUGUCACUGCAAAAAGGAGAUGUGUACGUGGUCCAUGAGAUCAGUCUGUGUAGCUCAUGCUUUCAUAAAUGUAAAACUCAGGGGGAAAGGCUUAUGAGAGGAGGAGGAGGACGAGAAGGUGGCGGUGAUAUGUUAGAGGAGAGGAAGAGUAGGACAUAUUCUGGACUGAUGACACCAAACUCAGUGGCCAUAGUCAAUCAGGAUAUGUGGAGAAUUAAAAGAAAAGGUGGAAAAUAAGCAACUUAACCAAUGACUGACCACAUGCUGAUAUCAUAUCACUUACGGAUAUGUGAUAUUUAAUAUCAUACCAAAAACGAAUUGAAUGGAUGCAAGUUUAAGGUAGCCAUGCAAACAGUACAGCAUGUACAUGUACUCGUGUAUUUCAAAAUUGAGUAACUCUCAAAGUAAAGCUGUAAAUGACAUAUUACAGUUAGAUGACAUACACAUGUCAUAGAAGGUACUUACUUGGCAUUAGCAAUGACAUCAGCAACUGCUCUGCCUUUUAACGCUGGCACGACUGUACUCAAUCUGAAGGGAGAGAAACAGAUAAAGAUCAGAGUGGAAACCACAACAAUUUUUAGUUUUUAUAGCUAUAUCAAAUAAAGUACCUUUUGUAUGCAGAGACGUGGUCUUUAUUUAGGAAAACCAGGAAAGCAGAGUGUCCGUUUUUCAUGAAGAUUUCAAUAGCAUUGUCCUGUUGCAGUGGGGAGACACAGUGGCUUUUUACACAGUUAAAGUAAUUGUCUCCAUAUGUUGUUUUUUUUCUUUUUUUUGCUUAUAGAUUCUGUUUAAACAAACUUUUAAUGUAUAGUUUUACUGAUUUUUUAACCCACAUG